AUGGCAGGUGGAAAUAUUAAAGUAGUUGUUAGAUGUCGACCCUUGAAUUCUAGAGAACUUGCCCGGGGGGCAAAGUGUCUCAUCAGAAUGGAAGGUGAUCAAACGAUUAUCACCAGGCCAGAUGCAAGUGAUCCUGGAAAUUCUAAAGCUGCUAAACGAGAUGAAGAUGUGAAAGCGUUUACGUUUGAUAAAUCGUAUUGGUCUUUUGAUAAGAAUGAUUCGAAUUAUGCCACCCAAGCAAUGCUAUAUAACGAUCUUGGUGAAGAGCUUCUUGACCAUGCUUUCGGAGGCUACAAUACAUGCAUUUUUGCUUAUGGUCAAACCGGCGCAGGAAAAUCUUAUUCUAUGAUGGGAUAUGGAGAAGACAAAGGCAUUAUACCCCUUACUUGCUGUGAACUAUUCAACCGUAUAAUUAGAAACCAAGAUACUAGUGUGGCCUAUCAAGUUCAGGUUUCUUAUAUUGAAAUUUACAAUGAACGUGUUAGGGAUUUGUUAAACCCUAAAAAUAAAGGAAAUCUCAAAGUCAGAGAACAUCCAGCCUUAGGUCCAUAUGUAGAAGAUUUGUCAAAGCUGAUUGUCAAUUCAUUUCAAGAUAUUGAGAAUUUAAUGGACGAGGGUAACAAGGCAAGAACAGUCGCCGCAACAAAUAUGAAUGAAACAUCAAGUCGGUCUCAUGCUGUAUUUACCCUAUUAUUAACACAAAAAAGGCAUGACGCUGAAACAAAUAUGGAUACGGAAAAAGUAUCUCGAAUUAGUCUUGUGGAUUUGGCUGGUUCGGAACGUGCUAAUGCAACUGGUGCAACUGGAACUCGGUUAAAAGAAGGCGCUAAUAUUAACAAAUCUCUUACAACUUUGGGUAAAGUCAUUGCUGCUUUAGCUGAAGCAUCCUCUGGUGAUAGUAAAAAAAAGAAAAAAGACCAAACCUUUGUUCCAUAUAGAGAUUCUAUUUUAACUUGGUUACUUAAAGACAGUUUGGGUGGUAACUCUAAAACUGCUAUGAUUGCUGCCAUUUCUCCGGCUGAUUAUGAUGAAACGCUUAGUACCUUACGUUACGCCGAUGCAGCUAAACGCAUUAAAAACAAAGCUGUUGUUAACGAAGACCCGAAUGCAAGACUUAUUCGUGAACUCAAAGAAGAAUUAUUAAUUGUUCCUCCUUCUCAACAAGUGGUUGUGCUACAGGAUAGGAAUGGAAAUACUAUAAAGAAAACAAAAGAGGAGCUAAUCGAUCAAAUCCAAGCUUCUGAAAAAUUAAUGAAUGAAGUAAAUGAAACUUGGCAGGAAAAAGUAAACAAAACCGUAGAAAUCCAGAGAGAACGUGAAAAGACAUUGGAAGAUCUUGGUAUUAUGGUUGAAAAAAAUGCAGUUGGUGUACAUCCUCCUAAAAAGGUGCCACAUCUUGUCAACCUUAAUGAAGAUCCGCUUAUGUCGGAAUGCUUAGUAUAUCAAAUAAAACCUGGAAAAACUCGAGUUGGUCGUCUUGAGUCUGAUAAUCAAUCUGAAAUACGUUUAAGUGGUGAAAAUAUUUUAGAUGAACAUUGCUAUUUCGAAAAUAUAGAUGGUGCUGUUACAUUGCAUCCUUACGCAAAUAGUACAACAAUGGUCAACGGUAUGCGUAUAAGUAAAUCAAAAAGAUUAAGAUCUGGAUUCCGUAUUAUUCUUGGGGAUUUCCAUGUGUUUCGUUUUAAUCAUCCUGAAGAAGUUAGACGUGAACGAGCGAAAUCGAAGCAACUUAGCAUUAGCAUUGUUCAACAACCAACUUCGAAUGGAAAUGGAGAGGAUAGUGGCAAAGCUCCAGAUUCUCCGACAUCUACAGCUUCUCUUAUGUCAGAAGCAGUAAUAGAUUGGAAUUUUGCAAAGAGAGAAGUAGCACUUCAUUAUUUGAAUUCUGGCGCAGAUUCAACAUUUGGAACUUUACCAGAUGAAGAUUUACAACGGUUGAUGGAUGACUUAAAAAAAAUUCAAAGUGCCCGAAGAACUCGACCUGAUAGCAGAAGUGGUGAUUUUGAAGAUGAUACGAUUUCGCAUACAUCUGAUAAACCUGGAUCUAAUGAAACUUAUGAAACCAUCGAAUCUCCUUAUACGGAAAUGCCACCAGAAUUAGAUGAUAAACUUAAAGUGAUUAAAGAAGAGAUGCAACAGCAGCUUGAUUUGCAAAAACAGGAAUAUGAGGAUAAAAUGCAAUUAAUAGAAGCAUCAAAUCUUGAGGCUGAUGAAUUAAAAGCCGAGAAAAAGCAAAUGGAAGAGAAACUUAAGAUGGUUCAAGAAGAAAUGCAAAGAAUGCUUGAGGUUCAGGCUCAGGAAUAUCAACGUAAAAUAAGGCAAUCUAACGCUCCUUGUGAAGAAUAUAACUUACCACCCGAUGUUCCUCCUUAUACUGAAGAAGAAUUACGCCUCAUUCAUAUGGCUCUCAAGAAAUGGAAACGUCAAAGAUUUGUCCAAAUGGCAGAAACAAUUCUUAGUAAUGCAGUGAUAUUGAAAGAAGCCAAUGUCAUUAGUAAAGAACUUGGAAAAAAAAUUCUUUAUCAAUUUACUAUUAUAGAAGAUGAACCUUAUAUUAAUCCAGUUUCUUUCCGGGAAACUACAUCUGCGCUUAAUCAAUACUGUAACAAUGACGACAUUUCAUUACAUUCUUCUAAAAAGCCUUGUGUUGGAGUUAAGGUUAUCGAUACCAAAAACGACGUUAUUUAUGUAUGGUCGCUCGAUAAACUCAAAGCUCGUUUACAAAAGAUGCGUAAUUUAUAUAAUUUCAUUGAUCGUCCUCAAUAUAGUAAACAUUUCAAUUGGGAAGAUCCGUUUUAUGAAAAUCCUUGCCCAAAUUUUACUUUCGUUGGAAGUGCCAGCGUCGGAUUGACAUGUUUGCUUAUGAAAACUGAACACGUGCAUAAUGCACCUGUAAUUCGUAGAUAUUCAGGUGACAUUUUAGGGCAUUGUAAAGUUCUUAUUAAAUUUCUAACCGAUUUCGAGGAUACAACUUCAAAAGAUUCACAUUCUUUAGAUAAAUCAAAAGAGAUCUCUUCAAAAUUAUUAGUCGGCUGCCAAGUAGUAUUUGAAGUGAAAAUUUUAGAGCUCACCGGUAUAAAAGAAUCACAAUUUACCCAAGUUCAUGUACAAUUUAAGUUAUCCUCUUUUGGUAAUGUACAUCCCUUAUCACCGGGCGAACAUAUAUACGCAACAGAUACUGUAAGCGAUUUUGGAAACAAAACAAUCACUUAUAAUUAUGAACAACCUUUAAAGAUGAUCGUUACUCCUGCAAUGAUGGACAUUCUUAUCAAUGGCAUGUUGACUUUCGAAGUAUUUGGUCGUGCAAAGCGUUGUGUAUUGGAAGAUAUGGAAAAAUGGGAUGAUCAUAAUGAACGACCACUUUAUCGUGGUAUUAAUGGAAAUGGUUCAUCCGAAACUUCAGCCCCCAGAGAGCGCCGUUCCGAGGAUGAAUUAGUUUCCGAGGAAAAACAUGAUGUAGUAGCUUGGGUUCAGGUUUGCGAGCUUGCUCAAACGGGAGAGUAUGUGCCCGUGCAAGUGCUUUCUCAAAAUCCUCUAGAUCCCGGUGCCUUCUUUUUAAGACAAGGUUUGCAGCGACGUAUUGUACUUACAUUAACGCAUAAUUCUGGUCGACAAUUUCCUUGGAAUCGAAUUACAAAGAUGGAAAUAGGAAGAGUUCGAUUAUUAGACGGAAAAGGAAGAUUAGCUGAAUCACCAGUACAAAAUGAUAUACAAAUGAACUUGUUACCAGCUCAAAAUGUUCAAUUCAACAGGGAUGGCACUAGUGUGAUAAUUGCUCAGGCUUCAUGGGACAGUACACUUCAUGAUUCUAUAUUUCUUAAUAGAACUACACAAUCAAGUAGUCGUGUUCUAUUAGGUCUGACUUGGUAUGUUGAAGCUGAAAAAUGUGUUGAACCAAUUUCUUUCCAUAUGGAUAUUGCAGUGCAAAUCCAAGGUCGUGAAGCUCGUCCACCAUCAAAAUUGAUUCAAUUGAUAAAUCAGUCAAAAGUUUUGUGGAAGUCUAGUGGGUUGUUUUCGGUAAUUCUAAAACCACCCAUGACUCGUAAAAUUUCUGAACUCUGGAGAUUAAAUACAGCUAAUAAAUAUGUUCGUGGUGAAGAAUUUUUGGGUAAUUGGAAACCCCGUGGAGUAUCUCUUGUUAAGGACUAUAAAAAUAUCAGUGAACUUAUUCGUAGGCAAGAGGCUGUUGAACGCACAAAACAAAUACUUGCAAUACACGAAGCUCGCAAAGUAUCUUCUGAAGAAAAACUCGAGAGUUGUUCUAAUCCUAAUAAUGAUUUAGCUAAAAAAGCCAUUACUCUUUGGAAGAAAAAAUUGGGCAUAACUAAAGAGAUCGUUAUAAAUCAAGAGCCUCCUCUAUCGGGACCUCAUCAAGAUGCCAAUUCUUGGAAAAACACAAAACCGUCUAAAUUGGUUGCGCAAGUUCGAAUGGUUGGAAAAACUGAUACAAUAACCAAAAAAGGUUAUUUGUUUACACCGGAAAAUGCGAACGAUUAUUGGGUCAAGCGUUGGUAUGUCUUGAGGAGACCAUACCUCUUUAUCUAUGAAUCUCAAAAAGAAACGGAAGAGCAAGGUGUUAUCAACCUUGCAUCGGUCAGGGUUGAUUAUAAAAAAGAUCUAGAAGACAUGUUGCAGAGACAAAAUGUGUUUGCAAUAUAUACGAAUAAUAAUGCGUACAUUCUUCAAGCUUCUUCAAAACAGGAGAUGGUUGACUGGAUUUCAAAGGAUCAUUCUCACUUAGACCUCGUUUUCAAUUUACGUCAGAUUGAUCAAUUUUAUCAAAUCGAAGCGAUGGACCUAAAAAGUAAAAUCUCUUCGAUGGACAGCUUUUCGAAAGA